AUGACCCCACUGGCUAAAAGUCACAAUCGGUUUGGAGGGGCUAAUGUCGGGGGAAUGAACGAUUCAAUUUAUACAAGCCCCAAAGGUGUGAUAUUCACAAAUCCCAAUCAUUCCAUCUAGCUAUGGUACAGGACCAAUCUAGCCCCUGGUCCAGCUCCAUCCAACAUCCACUUCCCCCCAGAUCUAUGCACCCCUGAACCGUCCCGACGAGAGCACAUAAAUGUGAUUGUAAGCAUGCGAUCCUUGGCGAAGGGAUUGCACUGUAUACAAGCCCUAUAGGCUCCACAGAAUCCAAUACUAGCUCCUCCGCGAUUGGUGAGGUUAGAGCACUGAGUCUCCACAGCAUUCCAUUGGCAGCAAGAACCGCGGUUGAUGAGGCCGUCGACGGCCCCAAAAGCAUCGCUGGUCAGUGGCGAUGCGUGGGAAGUCUCGCAGAUUCCUUGUUCGGCCGUCGUGGGAUCGUUCCAGAGAGGGGAAUACAUUUCUUUGAGGGCUUCGUAGUUGCCGGCGGCUACGAGAGCUUUGACAACAUCAUAGUCGAAGGGAGAGACAUAGUCCUGUCCGAGAGCGGAUGGAAUGGCUCCGACGAGAGUAGCAGCAAGAAAGAGAAAGGCGGUGGUGAGGAGGAGUUUGAGCUGCAUUUUGAAAAGAGAAAUGGUUGA